AUGGCAUCAAAUAACGUCGAAGGACAUCUCUCGGUACAAGUACCAGUGCACACGAUCGCACACGUUUUCCCGCACGAUGUUGUGCAAGUUAAGCAAGGAUCCAAAACGAAUAAAACCGUUUUCGUGCGCACGAACCGUGUGUUAUUGAUUUAUGAGCUUACCGGUGAAACAUUUGCUGAAGUGCAUCGUGUUGAUAAUUUUUUCUCAGUACCUGCUCAAAAUGCCAACUACCCCUGGGCUGUGUAUGGUGAGAGCACACUUGUAGUUCGCACAACGAGCGGAGUCGAGGUGUACCGGUGGAACAAUGGGACACUAACGCAUCAGUGUACGGUAUCAAAGUAUCAUGACGAGGCUGGUUACCGUUCGUCCAAGAACGCGGUGAUCUUUGGAAACAUAUUUCCUUCGGAAAAGCACAUCGGAAUUGUUUCGCGCCUCAACUCGGUGGUGCAGUUUCGUGCCAUUGAUCCAACCCAACCGAAAAGUACUGCCCGAUCGUUGAAGAAAACACCCACAUUGGACGCAGCAUGGUCUAGUCCAUCAAGUACGAUAUCAUUGCUAGAGAAUUUGGAUGACAGCCCGCAGCCGUCGAUCGCUUUGCGUACCGAUUCAGAAUUAAGACUGUUUCGGUACAACGAUCAGUACGACUUGAAGGAGCUGGCAAUUUUGAAAGAUUUCCCGGCAUUGGACACCGAAUACGACAGACUUCUAUGCGCCAAGUUUGACCAAACGUCAUAUAAUGAUCUGUUACAUUUUUCCACGAAUGGCCUCAUGGUGUACCGCUAUAACGACACUGUGGCAGCAUUCCAAAAAUUGCAUUAUUCAACGGCAUUCUCUAAAUUGCGAGGCUGGAACAAGCGAGCCGCGGAGACAAUUUACAUUAUAGACAUUAAUGGGGACACCUUCGACGAGAUAUUGUAUACGGGACCUGAUGGAUUGAAAGCUCUUCGCGUGAAUUCAACUCCCGCUCGGAUUGAUUUGAUCAACGUGCGUUUUGAGACAACUACUGACCAAUUCAUUCGUUAUGCCAAUUUAAAAUUCGUACAAAAGUUAGAUCCAACAAGCGAUAUUGACGUGUUUCUCCACACAUCGGAAGGUUUAAGCACUAUCAAAGCGAAAUAUUCCACAACUACAAUAAAACCAGAAACAAGUAAUUCAUUAACAGCUCUUACUCCAGCUGAAGAAGUAACACUAGAUCCCAUUCCGGAGAUUGUUGCCCAUAAACGCCACUCGCGAUGGUUGCACGAUCAGCUCGACCUAAAGAGUUUGCUACAACCUAUCAGCCCGUACACCGGCACCGUGGAAUUGAUGAUACCCCUUUUAGAUACACCGGGUCCAUUUGGGAUACCAAUUCGCAAAUCAAUCCAGUACAAAAAUAUGGAAUACGACAACGAGCUCGGUCGCGGAUGGACGUUCCCGAUCGACUACAUUCUACUCGACCGUCAAGGAAGUGCAUUCGAGCAGGAUCAUGUGUAUUCCUUGAUAAAGGACAACCAGCGAAUUAUUCUGAACCGACAACCCGUACAGCAAGAGGGACCACCCAGCCCAGAUGUCAGCGUAUCGUUUACAAUCGAAGGCUAUCCGGACGUUAAAAUCGCUUACUACGUCAAACGGAAUUACUGGAAGGUUUCGAUCGAGAAACGCAUACAAACAUACGCUACUUUCCGAAGAUUUGAAACGAAAAUCUACUGCCCUACGUGGCCUUUGUGCGGAAGUGAAUCGCAAAGGACGUACACGUUUGCUACUCGGUGGUAUUUGAAUCGAGAGGAAGAAUCCGCAGUUGAAUUUUACGCAAACUAUUACUACAACCUGGUGAAAAACGAAACCGACAUACGGCUUGCCUCGAUAGAGCUAUCCGAUGCAACCUCGAUAGAGCUGAGAUACGAAAACGAUCGCAUAACGGAAAUGCUAGUGAAUAUGAUGCGUUACACACAACAAAUAGGCUUUCACUACAGCGACGAUAACUUGCGACACUUGCGAUCGAUCACCCAAAGCGAUCGUAGACUGUUCGAGUUUGAAUACGACCAGCAACAAAGGCUAUCGAAAAUCAUCUACCCAAAUGGUGCGAUGUGGACGCCGCAGUACACCGACCUGACGAUCAAUGCGGCAUCUCUCAGGACACUAAUCCCCGUGGGCAAGGAUGUCGUUAUUUACUACGGACCAGAUUACGCCGUGAUCGUGGAUGCGAAUCUAGAGGACGGACACCUUAUACUCUACAUUCGCGAUCUGCUUGGUGGAGUGACGUCCAAGAAAACGGACGGAACUGAAACGAUCUACGCGUUAAACAACGUCAAGCGAUAUCUUGUGCACGCGCUCGAGGACAUGAUCGUCGUGAUCGUGAUCUACGACACGUGUAAAGAUGUAGCGAUUCUUCAAUUUACCGAUGAUGGCUGGCGGCAGCAAAAGUACUACAAUGACUUCCCACUAGAUGGCAUAAUAACCACGGGGAAUAAGUUUGUCUUGCUUUACGAUCAGAAAACUUUGCGACUUGUGACAAUCUCUAAAGAACGACAAUUCAGUGAAGAAACGAUCCGCUCAACGUUACCAAAAAAAUUCGUCGUCAAAGCAUUUCCACACGGAUACGCAACGUACGAUGGUAAGCUGGAGAUUUUUCUGCUGCGUGGUGACAAUCAGUGGACCGCAGUUAAGCCACGAACACAAAAAAUCGACUAUUUUGCCGAGAUAGAGAAAUUCUUAUCCUCCUUCGAAAUAAGCGACGAUCUUCGACAGUCCAUCCAGCGAGGUCUGACGGCGGACUUGCUAGGAAACUAUCGACAAGCAAUCGUAUUGAAAGCUCCCGUUUUGCAAAAGAAUGGAGUGUUGGAUAUUCAUACCCGUUUCUUUACGCUCGAUCUCAACGAACCGCCCUCGGUUUGUGUUUACUAUACGACGAAAAUUCCAUUUGCAAACUUGCCCACAUUGAACUACACGGUAAACACGGAGGAGAAUGAUAGCUUUGUGCUUGGGUACCGUUUGCACAAAUCGAAAUACCAAUUGUACGUGAAAAAAUCUACGGGUCCUCAUGCUGUCACGCUGACCAACUAUUUGAAUAAUGCGAAAAAGGAAAGGCCAAAAUUUGGUUCGAAUGAAAAAGCCUACAAGAAAUACAUACAGGAUACAGUACAGGCAUUGAAGGAGGAGGCCAAGCCUAUCUACAAAGCAGUAAAAGAAGCGGUUGGUUUUGCUCUAGACCUCUCGCAGUUCGGGAUGCUCCCUAACCAGGAAGGCGUUCUUACCGGGAAUCAUCAGGUGACCUACGACGGGCUGCACUGGAAAGCAAAGCACAUCGAUGACGACACGAUACGUUUGCGUAAAGUGAACCGCAAUUUAAACGAGCAGUAUCGAAUUGUGAAGGAACACGCAAACGACACGUUCAAGAUCGUCUCUAGAAUCGACGGGUUGACCGUUUUCGACACGCAAACGACUAAAUCGGAGGAGAUCCAACUCAUCGCACCGUACUACGCCCAAGCUCAACCGAAAGACAACCCGAUAAGGGUGUACUUUUUCGAGAGCAACAAAACGGUCACCUUUCCGAUCGAGGAAAAACUUAACCGAGCAAGCAACCAAAUAUCCAUCGUCAGUACGCUCCACGCCAACGAAACGUCACAUUUUUUGCUCUUUCGGUGCAUGAAAUAUUUCCUCAACGCGAACAUAACCGUGCUGGGUGGGCAAACGAUAAAUGCCGCAGGCGGGAAGGAACCUCCCCACAGGACGGGCUAUCUUUAUGACACCAAGGACCUACAGCUGUCAGUCGACGGAAUCAUGUUCCGAAGGAUAAAGAUAGUCCCCGGUGCAGACACGGACCGUUUCGGGUAUUACGAACAAAGUACCGAUUUGCAGACGGGAGAAACCACAAGGAAAGCCUUCGCAGCGGAUGGCCGUGAAGUGGUGGAUGCUAAAAUGCGCGAACAGGAAGAAAAACGCCGCCAAUCCGAGCGACCGGAAGCCACGAAGCAAAGCGACCUAGACAGAAUGAUACUGGAUGUAAACGAUAAUUUUCCGAUCGUUGAUUUGGGCCCGUACCGGUUGGUGGACGAGAUGGCGUCCUACUACGGCUUCGAGCCGUACGAGAAAAACCACUACGGGAAGGAAAAUAAGUGGGUCUUUGAUAAAAAACUUAUCAAACAUGAGCACGAUAACCAUUUCCUGUCGUUGGCACAACAAAUGGACACGCUCACCGGAGAGUUCAUGCCAGUGGAGUCGCACAUGACGUUCGUUGUUUCUUGUUGGCUUCGCUCAUCAACUAACCUGCAGUUGGGUGACACCGUUGACACGCUAACGGUGGACGUGCUUGUCGAUAAGGGUGAGAGAAAAUUGUCUUCCAAACAAGCGGAAGUGAAGCAACGCAUCGGUUCGUGGUGCUACGUGGAAACAAUUCUCGACGCAACGCAAAUGCCCGCCGAUGCAAAGCUUAUUUUUGUCAUUAUCCUAGCACCGAGUGACAACCAUAAGCGGCUUGAUGUCGAUCAUGUCCGAUUUUCGCCGCUUGGAAUGCCGUUUGAGGCUUCCAUUUAUGAUGCCGUUACGGGAAAUGUGCGUGCCGUGUUAAGCGGCAAUGGUUUAAUGAAGCAUUACUUUUACAAUGCCAAGGAUAAGAAGACGACGAUUUUUUCCGAGCAGGGUGCAGUGCAGGAGUUCACGAUGCAAUCGAAGGCGAUGUACGCUCAGGAAUCGGGUCGUUUACCAUGCGUGGUGGAGAUAAAACCCCGCCGAUCUGGCUGGUUUGUGACGCACGGUAUGGCUGAUAUAACCUCCGCCAAACAAAGCAUGUCUAAAACCUUCAACGGUUCGUGGACUACGCUUGCGUUGCGAUUUCUAUACAGUCAACCAUCCCAACCACAAGGAAUAAGAUUCAUUUGGCAAGAGCAAGAAUUCCAACUACCUUGCCCGGCUACUUCGAGCUGCUUGCAAAUGCCCUCACAUGGGGAAGUUCUCAUUUUUAUAAGCACCGUUCGCGUUUCCGUUUGGCUAGAUGGGGUGUUAAUGCAUGAGCAACGCCUGAUCAACGUACCAUCUAACACAGAUCGAACAUUUCAGCUACAUUUUGCUGGACAAACGACCAUACGGGAGUUCAUUGAAAUGUACGAUUCGGUAGUCAAAGUUACAUACCACAACCUCUCUGGACAGCCAACACAAAUAGUGGAAUACGAGGAUCCAGAAACAGUUCGCAUUCGCGAAAUCCUAUACGAUGAGAUCGAACGGCCGAUCUUACAAACGAAAUGGACGAAAGUACGCACGGAAAACGGCGAUCCAUUUUUCGCCUACCACGAACGCUUCAUCGAGAAGUUCGAUAACACAACACUUCUGAUGACUGGUCUAGUGGCGGAUCUGAAUCCCGACUGCCAAGGACAUCCUUACACGUAUACUAUGUACGGUAAUGAUUCAACGGAAAAUAAGCGCGUGCAAGGGCUCCCUGGAAAGGACUACACAGUGAACGGGAAAUAUAAGAGAACGUACUCGCGCGUGGCCAACAACAACAUGUUGAGCUAUCAUUUUCCCGAAAAGAAAGGAUAUCACCACAAAAGUGCCUUCCAUCCGGGAGGAUCCACUCGAGUGACCGUUGAAGAUGUGAAAGGCAAAAAAGUAGCUAGAUAUUGCAAAGUGGGUAACUACGAAGAUCGGUUGAGUACGUGGCGCUAUGGUAAGAGCGGUAAGAUAGAGCAAGAACUCCCACCAAUGUAUCAUUAUCUAGCAAAAACUUCGUCUACGUUGAAUGGGCAAUUUUACGCGGCUGUGCAUCAACCCAGCCAGCUGGCUCUGCAGAAACAGUGGGAAGUUCGCUAUGCCUACGAUGAUGCAAAGAGAGUGACCCUAAAACGGACUCCAGAUGGUGGAAUCUUUCAGUAUCUCUACGAUAAGCACGGCAUCCUGCGCUUUACGCUGCACAAGGAUCACAACGAAACGCUUGAUCGCGUAGUGCACUUUACGUACAUUGCGGAUGAUAAGGUUACACGUGAGGCACUCGUUGAUCUCAACGAAAGCGAGUGUAUCGAUCUACUGAACGGUGGGAAAUCACCAAACUCGACCAACUUCAUCGAGACACUCUACGGAGAGCAGGAUAGCGAUCCUAAUAUGCGUCACCGAUCGCAAUUUUCCUCCAGACGUAUCGAUGACGAUCAAAUGACGGAGUAUUUGAUUUAUGACCAGCGAAAACGGCUGCUGAAGAAAGCAUUCGUCGUCAACACUAUUAACACCUCGUACUCGAUCGAUUACGAGUAUGAGAAUGAUAAAUUGAAAUCGAUCAAGUACCCGAUCGGUGAAGGGGAACAACCGUACAAGUUCACCUACGAGUACAAUGGGCAUGGGGAAGUUGCAUUUAUCCGGGAAUCGACAAGAAAAGAACCAAUGUUUGAGUUUACGUACAACGCCGACGGCAUGGUGGAGACGAUGAAGGUACGAACGGACGCCAACCAUGCGUUCCAGCGGAACUUCACAUACAAUGAGCCCGGGUUUUUGGUGAAGCUCGAAGACGAUUAUUUGAGCGAGACCGUGAGCUACGUUGAAACCGACUCAUAUGGGCAGGAUUCCUACACACCCAUAUAUGAGGGUCUCAUAUCGAAGACGUCCUUCACCGCGCACUGGCAGAAGUCGGCGAGUCCGCUCCGUAACGGCAUCUAUCCGGACUAUUUCAUCUCGAAAGACAUGGAUGCAAAGCGGGCCUUGCUGUGUCAUGGAGAACUCAAACGCACCGGAUACCUAGACGAAAACAAUCUGGUCAAUAGGACGUUUUACGGCGAACGAGAUGAUGAUUUGCCUUUCGUCUGUGGGAAUCGCAUUCCACUGAACCACCUGUCGGAGGUGUUGAGUAGCAGAAGCUUCCCGUACGAGUAUGGCCAUCGGUAUGAUUAUGACGAUCAUGAUCAGUUGAUCAAGGCGAAGUAUUUCCACGGACUGGAUGAAUUGCAGUUGUUGCCGUUGACACACCGUACGUUCUCCAAGGAGAUUACCGGAAUAAGUGAAGCGACAUCGACGAAAAUUUGGGAUGUCCUGCGAAAGGAACAGUUCCUCACGAUGGACUGCACCAAUCCCAAUCUCUGCCAUGGGCGCGAAGGGACACGACCCGUGUUUGCCGAUUUCAUACAACAGCAUCCUUUCAGUCACCAUCUGAAAACUAUGCUGAUCAAAGCGGUCGCAGAACGGAAAGCUCUAACUACGAACGCUCUGGAGGCGAUGUGCAAACGGUGGGUCAAAGGUUCCAACAUGAUAGCGAAAACGUGUGCAGAUGUCAAGGCAGCAUUGGAAACGCGAAAGAUCUUUGGCAAUAGUGCUGAUAGUCCACUUGCAGCACUAAGCGACACGUUUAAGGAUGCGUUGAAAAGUUACAAGAACAACAUACCAGACAUUGUCCGAGUGCUUGGUCAUCACUUUACCACGACUCUCGGACGUUCCGCCGGAGACGUGCAGUCGUACGAGAUCGAUGCGAACGGAAAUCACAAGAAGUUCUACACGGGCUUCUCCCGGUAUCGCUUGGAAUAUCGCGAGGGAACAAAUCAGAUCACGAAGCUACAUCGGCAGUACUUUGAUCGUGAACAACGCACCGAAGAUCACUUCAACCUCGAGCACAACAGCGAUGGAGCUGUGGUGAAGGCGGAACACAAAGGCAUCAAGAGCAUGGAGUACGACAGGAUUCUGCACCGAGUCAACAAGAUAGAGAUGAGCGAUGGACGGAAGUUGUUGUACCAGUACGAUGUACGAUCAGAGCGCACCUUCAAACAGGUAUUGGACAAGGACGAAUCAGUGCUGAGCGAAAAGUACUACAUCCGUGAUGCGAACGGCAUCGUCCUGGUGGAUAUGGAUAUGACCUAUCUGGCCAAGGACCAACCACCGGAUGUGCGCGUGACGAGCUACAUCUACAAGGAUCAGCAGCUCGUCGGAUUCCUACGCAACGACAAGCUGUAUGGAGUGAUCACGGACCACGAAGGAUCAGUUCGGCUGGUAGUGCGUGACGGUGAAGUAGUCGCAGCAUACGACUAUCUACCAUAUGGGCAGAUUUUCAGACGUUUCGGGACGGAUCUCGACGGACAGAUCGCGUACCUAUACACCGGCCAGGAAUGGGAACCCGAGACCGGGUUGUACAACUAUCGCGCCCGCUUGUACGAUCCCGACAUUGGACGAUUCUACCAGAUGGACCCCAAGGAGCAAUACCCGAGCCCGUACGUGUACGCUGGCAACUCGCCUGUGGCACUCAUCGAUCCAGAUGGUGAGCUAGCGUUUGCAAUCAGCUGCAUUAUAAUGGCAAUCAUCGGAGCGUAUAUAGGUGCAUCCGCGGCUGCCCAAUCCUGGAACCCGCUGCAGUGGAACUGGAAGUCCACCUCGCUAUGGCUAGGAUUAAUCGGAGGCGCCCUGUCAGGGUUGUCCAUUCCGUUCAACAUGACCGCUUCGGUGGCAUACUUCGUCGGGUUAGGGCUAUCGCUCACCACCUCCAUCAGCAUCAUGAUCUGCUCCGGUAUAACGUUCGGUUACUUCGCUUUGGCCGCAGCCAGUGGCACCUGGGAUCCGAGGCAGUUUGACUUCACCAGUCCCGGUACAUGGAACGCGCUGAUGGGAGGCAUCGCAACAUCCGCCUUCAUCGUAACAAAUCCCGCCAACAUGAUGCGAACGUUCCGAUCGAUCACGACCGCCCUGGGUAGAGCGCUGUUCGUCACAACCAUGGUAACGGUGACGACAACCUUCGCCUACCUGUUCACGGUGGUUAAAAUGGGAGGCGAGUUCGAUGCCACAAAGUGGGACUUCAAAGACCCGGGGCUGUACUUCAGCAUGUUCGAUGCCUAUGUGACGGCUUCCUUCGCAGUGGCGAUAGUACGCAACAUACCGCGAAACAUACAGAAGUGGGUCAAGAAGGUAGAAACCGGUCUCGAUCGGUUAGCCGAAACGCAGGUGUUCUUUCGUGCCCGCCGGCUCAUGAAGGGUGACUGGUCGCAAAAGCUGUCCAACGCCAAGUACUUCCUAUCGGCAAACGCUCUUGCCAUCGCGAACCUGCAGCGGGGCCUGCUACCGAUCGCAUUCUACACCUUCAUCAUCACGCUGCGGAUGGCGGAUAGCUACGAGAAAAGUCCCCUGCCAGGGUUCAGCAUGUUCUUGCAGAUCCUGAAAACUGCCGUCACUACCCGAGGGUUUACUAAUCGCGUGGUAAAACCGCUAAUACCCCUUAGGGCUAACGUACCUUUAGCGCUGAAGGGCGCACCGAUGCUGGGUGAGGACACAUUGUUAGGCGCCUCAUCAGGAGCGGAAUCACUGGCGAGUUUUUGGCACUAUUUACGUGGGACUUUUGAAUGGAUUCGACCGAGUGAAACACACUCUGAAGACGACGCAGUUGACACUCGUGACAUAUCGGUAAACAAUGGCGAAGGCUCCAAACAACGCCCGACGAAUCUUUCGAAACAAAGCACUAUUGAAAACUGUUACCAAAUGGCAAGCCAACACGAAGACAAUGGUAACUAUGUUGUUAGCUGUUAUUCACACCGUUCAGUGGUGUCAAUUUACCCGAAACAACACACCGCACUGCUCGAACCGCACGAUAGCUACCGGCACUGCCUACCGUUGACGUAUAACGGUAUACCCGGCAUUUCCUGUGAUGGCGAACAAUCGACACUUUUGGCGUUACAGCUGGAGCCCGCAAAAAUGUUCGACUACGUUGACGGGUGGCUUCUGUUGGCUCGUGUCGCACCGGCCGCCGUACGUGAAGGUAAACGUAUCCUCAAGAACCUACUCGGCUGGGGCACUGGAUCGAAAGAUCAAUCGAAAGAACCAUCGACGCAACGGACACUUCACGUGCGCACACUCCAGCAGGGUUUACGCGAACUACAGGCUCUUUCGAACGAGAUUACAGCUGGCGGAUGCCAAAUGGAGUGGAUCGGUCCGCUCCUGGAAGACCUACGAGAAGAUGUGGAGGAAUAUUGCACCCAGCGGAGAGGUAGUGCUGCUGUACUAAUCGAGAGAGUGGAAGCACUACGUGCAGACGUGGCGGAGGAAUUUGAGGUGUAUCGUGCGAGGGCAUAUUAUAAUGGUGAAUUCGCUAAAAUGAGCAUGUUUGAAGGGGUUGUGUCUAGAAAUACAAUAUCCUACACAGAGCUCCCAACAAACUGCAUCACAACCCAAUUUAAGAGUUCUUUAACUGCCCUUUAG